UUUUGAUUUAGUGGAACGGGUAGUUAUUGACACCUGUUGUUUGUAUGUGCAUGAUAUUACUUUUUCGAGUGUAGUGAUCUAAAAAAAUUAAGCUUAUAAAUAAAAUUUACCGUCAGUAAUUAAAAAUUGAACGACUGUCAGCCAUGUUUCACUGAAAUAUUACUCAUAUCAUAGAAAUAAUUGACAACUAGACAAUCAAUUUCAUAAGACAAGUAGGGUUUUGUCAUUGUAUGGAAGCCAUGGUUUCUUGGUCAUGGUUUCCCUAAAGAACAGUAGCCCUGAAAACAAACGACUUGAAAAUGAGUUCCACAUUCAGACGAUUGCUUGUACACUCAUUUCAACAUUGUCAAUAUAGCUGAAGUUGUAUUUAUUCUUCGCAAACAUGUAAAAAAACUUGAAAGUGGGAUUGUGCUCCUUGAUCGUUUGUUUUUUGAAGACACACAUUGUUGAGGAAUACUAUGGUAGAAAAAUCCAUGCAGGAGGGCGUGGACCGAUGGACGGCGACUCCGAGAAGCACCACCCCUGGGAGACCGCUGUCCGUCCGCACCUCUUUCCGGCCGGCCAUCCAUGACCUCAGCGAGCAAGCGGCACGAAACUCAACAGGACCGCCGGACGACGGGAUCCUAAGCGUAGUGAGCACGUGUACACCUCGUGUCGCGCGGUCGGCAGACUCACACGGCUUUCCGGACAAGUUCCAGUCACCAACGCCGCUGCUGGGGCAGUUCUCUCCGGAAGAAGCCAUAAGGGCGUCCCCAACCUCCAAACUCUGCUUCAAAAGCCACAACACCGAGUACCUGGAGGACCUCCACCGGCAGCGUGUCCUAGUGUCCGCCCACCACCGCCGGAAAUUGCAUUCGCGCCUCCGCCGCUCUAGGUCCACACCCGUGGGCGGCGGGCGGAGCGGCUCCCAGUCCAGGGCAGUUGCGAGCGACUUGUCCCGGCACUCUUCUGAUGAUGAUUCAGAUAAACUGGAUUUCACAAUAACAAACGGCCAGAGACUUGAUGAGGAAGAAUUCAAGGAACGUAUCAACUACCGUCUGAUCAACAGAACCAAACCAAAGGUUGCCUACUCCCACGCAACGUUAAUGCCGAACGGGGCGCCUUUAUCACAGGUGAAUGGCUAUCAACAGACAUUAGUGCAAAACUUUCCACAAUACUCGCAAAAAUAUUGCAGCUGGUUGACACGUGGAUUCAAAGUUCAAAGUUUCCACACGAAUAAUCGUGCAGUGCCAGAUUACAAUCACGCGCGCCCACCGCCCCCGCUCGUGCAGUAUAUCAACAGAACAAAGACUGUCUCCGCCACAAGUCGCUGGCCAAACCGGCAGAGUCGCGCGGCCGGAAGUAUUAAUGUGGUCGGCUUCAAUAAGCCGCAGCACCAGACGCUUGAGUUUCCUGGCGGCCGGAAGGUCGUUGUCCACACCGGGGAAUACCGGAAGCCGUAGACUUGAAGCGGUGGUGAUUGAAAGACGGUUGAGCUGUGAUAUGUUACCUAGGUUUACUGCACUACAUCGCGAAAAUUAGUAUUGUGAUUAUAUUUAAUCACGUCGGUGUCUCUACCUUUAUAAGGGCAAACAUCACACACCGGUUACUUCCCUUACUUCCCUACGGCAAUCAUUUCUAUUCGUCAAGGGAGAUCAUUCCUUACGGUUAUUAUUUUCGAUUAUCAAGGGAGAUGGGUGCGUACCUGUAACGAAAUUGACGCAAGGGUACCUGCACCUGUAACCUAUUCGAGCAGUCUGUUUGGUCGAAAGUACAUUUGAAAUAUGAUGUACGACCGUUUAUUCUGGUAAAAACUAUAAAUGAAACAAAAAAAUAUCAUCGAAGUGCCUUUUGUUGUCGUUUGUCCGUCUACACGACAACAACAGUGAACUACAUUUAGGCUUUUCAAGAGAUGCUCUACAAGUUAUAAGCGGACAGCCUUAAAGGGCAAUUAUGAAAUGCAUAAAGAUAUGAAUAGCUUAAGUACAAACGAUAUUUCAUUGGAUGUAUUGCGUGCGUCGGUUGCAUGCACCUUGGCGUAAAUAACAAAAACAGACUGGAAAUGUGCAUAACCAUUAUUUCCGGUGGUAUUUCAGUAAAUAAUCUUCAAAAUUUAUCUGUAAAAACGUCAAUUUGUCAGCAAGGCGAUAAGUUUCAUGAAUGAACAUUGUGUUCAUUUUUAAUACGGGCCGGAGUCAAUUUCACAAAAAUAUGUAGUAAAAAAUUUUAUACUUAUACUAAAAUCGACUAAGAAAUCACACGCCGCCAUUUAUAAAUUAAAGUUAUUGUUCUGUAAAUAAUGUUAUUGUUUGAUCAUUGCUUUGGCAUCAGUUGUGAACAUACGUACAUUAUGUGUUUAUUUAUUGCAUCGUUUCGCUGGUCGUUCAUGAACACUGCUUAAAAUGUAGAGGAUGUUAUUUAUCUUUUCAGAUUACAUUCUAUCAUUGUUAUUUAUUUUUUUUGUCAAAGUAAUAAAAAAUAUAUUCU